CUGGAGGAGCACAUAGUUCGUCUCCGGGAGGAGUUGGAGCGGGAGCGGGAGGAGAGGAGCUACUUCCAGCUGGAGAGAGACAAGAUCCAGGCAUUCUGGGAAACGUGCAGGAGAGACGUGGAGCAGGUGAAGGACGAGCUGAGGCACAGACAACGGGAGAGAGAGGAGGCUGAGCAGCGCCACCGAGUGGAGAUCAGUGUUUACAAGCAGAAGCUGAAGCACGUCCUGUCCGAGCAGCACAACACCGUCUCCGAGCUGAAGAUGGACGCAGCCGCCUCCGCUUCACUGAUCCAGAACCAGCAGGUCGAGUCAGAACUGGAGCUGCGCGGCGACACGCACGGGCUGCAGGCGGACGCCAGAGAGAAGACGCUCUGCAACAAGCAGAGCAUCGAGGAACUCAAACUGAAACACCAGGUGGCGCUGUUGGAACUGACAAAUGACUACGACAGGAGAAUCAGAGGUAAAUGA